UGGCACUGCAACAGGCGCCAACAUGACAGCCACCGCCUCGCCUCACCAGCAGCCAGUUGCUGACUCGCUCUCAGCUGCACGUACGAGUACCGCAGAGGAGUCAACACGCGCCACCAGCCAAGCCUCUCAGCUGGUGGUGGAGNCAACACGUUUCCCAACACGUUUUUACCCAUCCACGCCCCGUCAUGGGCCACCCGCUCUAAACUCCAAGCACAUAGAACUGGGUCGCCCGAAUUAUCGAUCAAGCUAGCAUAUGACACGUCGUCUACGAGAUUCGCGGUCAUGCUUGAUUUUUUAGGAGUAUCGCUUUGCGUCGAUCGAGAGCAGGGUCAAGAUGGCUACCAGGCGCGAAGAUGAGGCCCGCCAAGCAGCGGAGGCCCGCCAAGCAGCGGAGGACGCCAGGAACUAAGAACAAGAUAGCUCCCGCAGCGUCGACAAGAGCGCGCGGUUUGAAGCUGAAGAAGUCAACAGGAGUCCGGACGUCAGCUGCGAGGUGAAAGCAGGAGAGGGUUAGAUAAAAGCCAUGCGAGAGAGCGAAGAGUACGAGGUAGGCCAGCAGCACGGAGCGCGCCUAGAACCAUCGACCACGCCCGCGGACGACACCCCCCUGACCAUUGCGCGAGCCCCCGAGGGGCGGCUCAGCGCAUUACAGCAGCACCACUUCUGCUACUAGGGUCCCAGACCCGCUCAGGCACGUGAUGAACUGAUUAUGUCCUCUGUCCGAAGACGAAUAUGGCCUUGUUUUGUGUUCCAAAAGUUUUUUGUCUUGUGUCUGAACCGUUUCCUGUGUUCGGAAAUCUGCGAAAUGUGUGAUGUUGGGAUGAAAGAGAGAGUACGAUUGUCACGAACGAGAUAACUGAUCGUUUGAGGGGUUAUCAAGCCACCAACAGCACGUAUGAGGGGAUGUUAUGCUUCCAAGAGUUUAGAUGCCAAUCGUGCAACGAAAAGAGUAUGAGGGGCUUCUAUCACACCAAAAGCAGUACGGUAAAAAAAAUAAAAAAAAAGAUUGAUGCGUAACUUUGUGGGACUACCACGUCACCACCGACACAACAGCAAAGCGUGGACAUCAUUACGCAUUUGAAGGACAGUCAGAAUUCUUGACGCAAGCACGUAGGAUUUCAUGGCAAGUUUGUAGGAGAUGUUGGGUAGAAUUUCGCUGGAGAGAACAGCAAUAUGCGUGGCAGGACCUCGGCGAAAAGCGAGACUUGACCCAAGACUGACGUUUUCCGACUAGAUCGCAGAGAAAAAUAGUCCGAGGCAUCACUCAGCCAAGAAGCGAGGUUGACCCAGAAACUAAAUUCCCGACUAGAUCGUAGAGGACAGCAAAAAGAGGCAGUACUCAGCAUGACGCGGAGCAAGAUCCACCAAAUGCGUUCCUCCGAAGAGAUCACUCAAGACCAUUUCAGUGGCACAACACGAACUUUGAAGUUUCACGGCGUGAGCAGAAGAGAAAUUUUGGAUGUCCAACUGUAUUUUAUUUUGUUUUGGUGCAGCAGUCACCCCUGUGCAGAACCGGGGGGAGUGUUGUGGAAUGUGAUUCUCCUCAGGAGUGCUGUUUUAUAAGGAACUGAUUGUGCCACCAUCUUCCCUUUCGAAUACAUACGCGACCUGCCCUCCACCGCUGCCGAGUCAAUCCUUCUGGAGCGACAAUUGUGGUCUCCCCCAACGAAGGCGGACGAUUUGCUGACGAUGCUCCAGCCGCGGCCAGCCGGACGAAGAGCACAGAAGGCGACCGCGGCGGAGGCGAGCGAAAAUCCGCAGGGGAGAAACAAUGGCAGGGGCAGUGGUCCAAUGCGCUGGGGUUUAUGGCUGGAAAAGUAGGCGCAUUGAGGUUCAUCUUGAAUUUGAGUUAGUUUGAGAUUUGGCGUUUGUUUUGUUUGAUUUGAGCUUGGGUUUGGUUUUUCAGAUCUGAUUGAAGUGUGGAUGAGAGGAUCAGAAGUACUGUUAUGAUUUUCGGCACCUCUCGUAUUGUUUUUCGGCUUGACUCCGACCCCUUCACAAAGCAGGGGGGCGGAUCCUCGGAGCAGGGGGGCACGUUAUAUUCUUUCAAACGAAAUGGCGUUGCUGACAUUUCUUCACCGAACAUUAAUGAUAUAUUUUGAGUAUUUCAGGGAGAAAAUACUUCUUCGCGUUUUACCUGCGGACGAAGGCUUGGUGGAUGAAUGGAAUAAUAUGUCUUAGGAUUGCAUACAUCUUGCUAAUGGUAGGAUAUCUAGCUUGGCGGAUUUAGAGACGCACCGAGAUAUUGUGACGAAUUGGCGGUAAAAGGAAAGGCGUCUUUGAACGGCGUUCGUUAUAUUUUUCUGGAUGAAAAGGGUUUGAGUUGAGAAUUUUCAGAAGAGAGCGAGAGUGAUUGGCGUGUGUUGGUAUGCUAUUUGGAUACUUUUGUCGUGUCUGAAGUAUUUUCGUUUUCUUGGUUUUGAUUGUGUUUUGGGAUGAACUGGUAUGAGAAGGAUGACUAUGAUAUUUUCCCGGAGCAUGACGAUGCAUACGAGCAGGGGGGCUAUUCGAUAUACUCGUAGCACAGCAUACGGGUGGUAUACUGCAUAUACAUAUGCGGGUAUUGCAGUGACCAACUACAGAGGAACAAGAAGUUUCUUUAUGUUUUCCUUGGGAGUGUGGUUGGUGUAGAUUCAUGAAGAUUCGUUUUGGGUGUUUGAGCGUUAUGCGUGACUUGAUGCCGUGAUGGAAUGACGAGCUCAAGCACGCCCCCGAUUAAUACAACACGGAUACA